AUGACUAACUUAUCUGGAACUAAAGAUGCGAACAUCUAUAAUGAGAUUGCUCGUCUCAACUUUGCCCAAGGACCAAAAACCUGCUUAUUUUCAUAUUUUACUAUAAAUGAGAAAUCUAGGUCUAGCGCCGAGAGAGCCCUUUCCUUCUGUGAAAAUGACGAAGAAAAACUUGCAUACCUUAAUAACAUCUUAAUUUUAAUUAAGAAUUCUGUCUUACCUGAAAAAUUUCACUUAACUGAAACUGAAUCGAUCAACGAUGAUAAAAUGCCUAGACCUAGUCCUGAGGUUAAGCCCGAAGUGAAAGGAAAGUUUAAUAACCCGUUCGAAGAAUUUGUUCAGAAACUGGACCUCAAGCAACUUGAACGAUACAGACCAUUAAAGGAUGAGGAUAUAAAGAAAUUUUAUGAAUUUGCCGGACCCGAUUUCACAUGGCCUUCUACAAGUGAAAUCAGCGAACGCCGUGAUAUAUAUGACUAUAUCACCGAUCCUAAUCCCCGUUUCAUAGAAGGACAAGGGAAAGAACUCGCCAUUAACAGACUUGCAUACCGUCGUCUUGUGGAAUCCGGAAGUCUCGAUUCAUCUCAAGGAGAUUAUGUCCAUAUUGAACAUGGAAAAUUAGUGGGCUAUGAACGAAAAAUAUCAAUGGAGAAGUGUAAAGAUCUAAUGGAGAAAAAUCCCGGUAUGUUGUAUGCUCCUAUCAAACAACAGACGGUUGUCAUCAGAUUCUCUUCCACCGCAAAUGUGGCAUUAAAGGAAUGGCAGGUAGUGUUGCUUUUUAUGCGAAUAAAUAUUGGAAUUUUGUUGGGAAUUUUGUUGGGAACUUCUCUGCCACAAUAUCAGGUAUUUAUACGAAUUCGGAGGAAAAACGAUCCCACUAACGACAUUGCAACAAUGAACAAUGUUGAUCAAGACAUAAAUAAUCGAAACUUCCGCCUUAUAUUGGAUUCAGGCCGUAGGAUGAUGAAAGAUUAUGGUUGGAGUGGACUACCAUCCAGUACCGCUGGUUAUGGCGAAAAUACAGGAAUUUAUCAGGUUUUAUUUCCUUGGGAGGUCUCAUUAGGCGAUGGAGUCAAUUGGACGGAGUGGAUUGAGACUAAAAAUCUAUAUUGUUGGCAAGAGAAUGUUCCCAAUGACAUUGAUUGUGGUCUGGUUGGUUUCGUGUAUUAA